GGGCAGCUCCAGGUGAGGGACGGAAGCAGUGAAUUGUGGCAUGAGGGAACCUGGGGCAGAUCCUGUUAACUCUGGAUUAAGAUGGUCAGCAGUGGAUGUGCAGAGAGAAGGGAGGUUUGAGCCAAGCCCUGAAGGGUUUAAGUGAGAGGGCAUGCCAGCGCCUCUGCUAAGGUGACGAGAUUGCAGGAAACUUCACCUUAUCAGGAAACAGCCAGUAUUGUAGGGCCAGGAGGAGAGCAUGUGCUGGGGCUGGACCUCACACAUAAGAAUUACCCCCUUUACAUCCGCAGUGUCCCCACGGAGAACGAACUGAAGUUCCACUACAUGGUGCACACGUCCCUGGACGUGGUGGAUGAGAAGAUCUCCGCAAUGGGGAAGGCCCUGGUGGACCAGAGGGAGCUCUACCUGGGCCUCCUGUACCCCACAGAGGACUAUAAGGUAUACGGUUACGUGACCAACUCCAAGGUGAAGUUUGUUAUGGUGGUAGAUUCCUCCAACCCGGCGCUUCGAGACAAUGAGAUCCGCAGUAUGUUCCGGAAGCUGCACAACUCCUACACAGACGUGAUGUGUAACCCUUUCUAUAACCCAGGGGACCGCAUCCAGUCCAGGGCCUUUGACAGCAUGGUGACAUCGAUGAUGAUACAGGUCUGCUGAGUGAGAACGUUGCUGCCCGUUGGUUGAAGAGAAGUGUUUUGUAUAUAACCAUGUGGUGUAGAGGUGUAUUUAUUAUCCUUUCCCUCUCCCCGAAUAUCACAGACUUUCCGAAUGUGCCAUACAGGGGCAAGGCCUGAUGUAGCACAUAUCAACUAAAUGUUUUGUGAUGUCA